CGCGGGGCGAUGGGGGGCGGCGGCGGCGGCCGGCGAUGAGCGGCGGGAGCGCGUGAGCGGCCGGCGGGCGAGGCUGGGGGCCCGGGAGAGCGAGCCGCAGGGCGGAGGGCGGGCGCGAGCGCGGCGGGCGGCGGCGGCGGCCGAGGCGCGGCGGCGGCGGCGGCCGAGAAGAUGGCGGACGGCGACAGCGGCAGCGAACGCGGCGGCGGGCCCGGCGGCUUCCAGCCUGCGGCCCGCGGCGGCGAGCAGGAGACGCAGGAGCUGGCCUCAAAGCGGCUGGACAUCCAGAACAAGCGCUUCUACUUGGACGUGAAGCAGAACGCCAAGGGCCGCUUCCUCAAGAUCGCCGAGGUGGGCGCGGGAGGCUCCAAGAGCCGCCUCACGCUGUCUAUGGCGGUGGCCGCCGAGUUCCGCGACUACCUGGGCGACUUCAUCGAGCACUACGCGCAGCUGGGCCCCAGCAGCCCCGAGCAGGUGGCGGCGGCGGCGGCGGGCGCCGAGGAGGGCGGCGGACCGCGGCGCGCGCUCAAGAGCGAGUUCCUGGUGCGCGAGAACCGCAAGUACUACCUGGACCUCAAGGAGAACCAGCGCGGCCGCUUCCUGCGCAUCCGCCAGACGGUCAACCGCGGCGGCGGCGGCCCCGGGCCUGGCGGCCUGCAGAGCGGCCAGACCAUAGCGCUGCCCGCGCAGGGCCUCAUCGAGUUCCGGGACGCGCUGGCCAAGCUCAUCGACGACUACGGCGGCGACGACGACGAGCUGGCGGGCGGCGCGGGCGGCGGCGCGGGGGGUCCGGGCGGCGGCCUGUACGGCGAGCUCCCGGAGGGCACCUCCAUCACGGUGGACUCCAAGCGCUUCUUCUUCGACGUGGGCUGCAACAAGUACGGCGUGUUCCUGCGUGUGAGCGAGGUGAAGCCGUCCUACCGCAACGCCAUCACCGUCCCCUUCAAGGCUUGGGGCAAGUUCGGGGGCGCCUUUUGCCGGUAUGCGGACGAGAUGAAGGAGAUCCAGGAGCGGCAGCGGGACAAGCUGUAUGAGCGACGCGGCGGGGACGAGUCCGAGGGCGAGGAGGUGGACGAGGACUGACGCGAAGCGCACUUCCUCCCCGAUGGGCCCCCCGCCCCACCACCGUCCCCUUGGCCGGAGAGCCCCUUUCCCGCUCAUCCCCAGGGAGCCAGUGGAGGCGGAGCCAGGGGGGGCCCCAUUGGGAGAACACACAAUGAAAAAUAAUACAGUUAAUUAAGAGAAAUAACCACAAAAGAACAGUCGCGAACAAUUAAAAGCAGCAAAGUUCCAAGGAGCUGACAGCAAUCUGCAAAAAGAGGACGACCUGAGCAAAAUCGUUUCGGCUUCUGUUGUUUCCAGCUGAGGUUUCUGAACUUACCAGGGUAGCCCUGGAGGGGUCAGAGCUUCACAUGCCCAGGCUGUUGAUGACAGCUGAAUUGGUGUCACGCCUGGGUGUCCUGGCCUGACCAUCUCUCCAGACCUCACUGUCAUGGUGUCGAUCCCUUCACAUUCACUGAAAUCAGCAUAUUGGAUCUGGGUCUUCAUGGAAUUCUUGAGAAGGGAGAGGCCUUUAUCUUUAUCCGAUUCUGAGAGUACAGGUUUCACGCAAAGGAAUGUGGCUCCAAAUAAUCAUGGACAGGGCAAAAGAGCAAAUCAGGAAGCCACCAGGGAACGUAGAAACCCAUUGGGUUCUGUCUAAAAUGGCUUUGCGUGGAACCUGGACCAGUGGCUGUCUCUUUGCGGAAUUGUUUUUCUGGAUGCAGAUGGAGUCAGACGUCAGUCCUUCAACUAGAAUCUGUUACUAAAGGAUUUUAAAAGUUGGCAGAAUUUCUCCGAAGAUCAGAGCAGUUUUACACUGGGGAUUGCUGAGGCAGACGCAGGAAGAAAUCUGGCAUCAAGCACAAGGAGGACGGAGUGGAUGGGCUGCCGCUCACUUUAGUCCACUCCAGGUCUGCAGACACCGAGGUCCUUACCCAGAGAUGGUUUAGGGGUGAAUGAGAGCCAGGUGCCCGUGGCUGCACCGUGCGAGGCCAGCGAAUUAUGGCUACUUCGGCUGUUUGGGCCACUGGUUGGCUGGAUUUUAAACCGUAAAACUUGAAGAUCCCUGCAAAAGGAACCGUGUGGCUACGAGCCUGAGCUUUAAUGGAAUGUACGUCCUCCCGGGAAAGUUGGGGAUAACCAAAACUGAAGUCUUCAUCUACCUUCAGUUGAAUCUGUGGAUUUGCUCAAACACUAAAGAUCCUCAGGUCCAGAAUUCCAGCAUCAUCUAUUCUUUUAAAGUAGAUUUGUAAGAACUUGAUCCAUUGUUUCAGUACCUCACAAUCGAAGUUGGCAAAUGAUGGAUGAGUGAUUCGAGCCGUGUGCCCUUCGGAAGCUGAAAUCCAUCUGCAUGGGGAUGAAGAACGUGAAAACGCUAUGUCCUGGAAGCAUUUUUAUACCAUCUUGAAAUUUCCACAAACUGGCCCUUGGCCAGUUGACCCAGCUGUUUUCCAAGAAUAAAAGUUGGGGUUUUCAAGGAUCGCCUCUUCUAUAUUUUAAAUGGAUUUUCAGUAAAAAUGAUUUUUACUAAUCAAGUUAAUCCCACCCCAUCAAAAGGUAUUUCUAGAAGUGUCACAGAUCUAGGUGACUUUGAAUUGAACGGGAGCUAACGUUCUUUCCAAAGUUUGUAGGUCUUCCUGUGCGACACCUUCUCAACCGGGAGGCAGGUAACCCCCACCUCCACGAUCUUAGUAUUUUUUUUUAACUGCAUGCCUGCCCUUUAUUUGAGCUGCCUUUUAAUUUAUUGCGUACCCUUUUUAUUAUCUUAUUUUGGUAUUAUUCAAUCUAUACAAUCUUUUUGUAUUUAUUGGGAAAUAAGUGAUCUACAGAAAGGUCGUUUUCACGCAUUGUGGCCGAGAGGGAGAGCAAGAACUGUACAUAAAAUUAGGCUUUUUUAAAAAUGAGACUGAUUCAGAAUACUGUCGAUCUUAGAUUUUUUUUUUUAAAGUGGAAGAGCCACAAACAAUGGUGCCCUUUUCAGACUAUUUCUCUACUCUUAUCAUCCACAGUAGACUUUUUAAACAGAUUUUUUUUUAAAGCUUUUCCUUUUUUUAAAAAAAACUUUCUCCGUUGCAAAGAAUGUUUCCUAAAUUGUAUGGGAGCAAUAGUAUUUUUGAUGUUUUAAUGACAUCCGUAUACUUGUACUGUAUUUUGUACUAUAAGGCAGCUGUUUUCAAUAAUGUCCUGCUGUAUUUACCUAUGUGUUUUGAGUGUUUAUUUCUUUGCUGCGGAGAACAAAUCCCUGCAUAGUUUUGGUAAGGGCGCCGAGAAGCUGGCAUGAGGUUUGCAGAAACUGUUUUGGUUUCAGACUUCAAGGCAGCGAUGGAAAGUAAGGUUGCAGCUCUCAGUUCAUUGCUGUGACUUUUUCCUUUUCAAACCAUGUACGAUUCCCAUGCAGACCAACGCGUCUGCUCACUUCCGCGAGGGUUCCCGUCGCCCAGCUGCAGUGAGCCAGUUCAGUUCUGCAAGGGUGCAGCGCCUCUCCUUUCUAAGGGGCGGGUUGUCUUUUCUUUUCUUUUCGUUCGGCUGAAUUGCAGUCCUAGCCUUGCCUUUCUAUUCUGUAGAAACGACAGGGUCUUCGCGGUCCUUCACCAGUGGCUACUAAGCUAUAAUUAGCUGAAUAGAAAGAAUGUGGAAGUGGUCUGAGGCAUAUAGACUAUAUGCCAGGAGCACUACCAUAUACGGCAUCAGCUUUGGUUACCAGAGAAAUUUUCUUAGUCAUUAGACCAUGUAACAGUAAUAUAUCAUAUGUAAAUCUUUAGAUAUCAAUUUGAGAAUCCUCCAAAAACAGGAGCAAAGAAUGCAUAAGCUAUGUGUUGGAAAAAGUAAUUUAUAUUAAAAUUUUGACCUGCCUAUGUAAGAUUAAGUGGUAAAUGUCAUAGUGGUGGGUUUUUAAGUCUUAGCCGAUCUCAGAGGUUGGUUCCUCCUGCAGGGGUGGCUCGGGGCCUCCCUCCUCCCUGCAGGAAGGUUACGGGAGGGAGGGCGUUGAUUAGCUGUGGCGUUUCACCGACCCUCAUUCCGCUCACUGAUCUGGGGCAGUAGAAAGCCUAGAAGCACGGAGGCCGUUCCUUUGAUGUGCGGUGGGUCCGAAAAGGCUGUUUUGGAACUCGUUCAUAAACCGUGCUCAUUAAGGAAAAUCUUGGUUGAUUCUGGCCACCACAUGGCCUUACAGAUGGGGAGACACCCACUUUUUUUUAUCUUGUGUUUCGUCGUCUCCUACGAACAGUGAUUUUUAGGGCUCAUUUUUUUUAACUUUGGCAAACAUCCCAGCGAAUCACAUGUUCCAAAUAGUCCUGUUUCUGAGAAGCAGGGAACUAAAAUCCCCUUUCAGACAAUUGCUAAAUCGUUUCUCAAACUACUGCUGUUAGAAACGCGAGAAGUCAAAUUUUAGGCACAGGAUCAAAAGAGCAAAAGUCUAUGAUGAGAUCCUACGACUCCCUUUUGAUUUCUAUCGUCCCUGCUGUCGUUCAAGCAGGACGGCCAUCCUCGGCAGCACAGAAAGGGCCCCGUGCACACGCUCUGCCCAGGGUGCAAUGUCCAUCGGCACAGCACCCCAAAUCCAAGUGGAAACCAAACGGAAAACCCAGACACCCUAUGUUGCUGCGGGAGGCAUGUAGAUGGUAUAAGGGACUGUGGCCGCGGCGCACACGCGGCCACCUGUCAAGUCACUUUCCAUAACUUUACUGCAAAACGAUGGAGAAGCUUCGGGUGCGGGCAGCCCGUCGCCUCCCGCCGCCUCUGUUCCCUCCAUCGUUCUGUGGUAGUCGCAGGUCUUUUAAGAGAUGCGAGCUUCAGUUUUCUCAAAACAAAACAAUUAUCCUGUCUUAUCCGAAAAUGCAGGGUUGUGGGCAAAAGAGGCUGGUUAUAAUAAUGCCCUCAUAUUGAGUGGUGUGAAAACGGCUGCACACUGCAGGCACCGUGGUUGCCGAGGACGCUUUGUUACGCAUGACCUUGACUGGCUCUACUGGAGGGUAGUGACCCACGCAAGGUGUGGCAAGGUAACCAAUCGUUGGCGUCUGCCUUGCUCUGAGGUGGAUGAGCUGGAGGAGAAGCUUGAGUGUGUAAGCCGUGCACAUGAGUAUUCUUCACUGUAAAUUGUGUUUUCAUUUUUAACCCAGUUGACGGUACUUUGUCCAAUGCACAACUGAUCUCUCAGUAGAUAUUCAUUUGCAAAUAGCGUGGCCUUGAUCAGUGAGAGGGAAGGGGAGAAGUGACUCUGCGUGCGGGCAGGUGGUCCCUUUACCAGGGGGCCGCCUGCAACACGCUUAGUGGCGAAUGCGCUUGCGGUUCGUCUCCUUUCUGACUGGGGAAAGUUCAUGGUUUUGACCCUGGAGGUAUGAAUUCAAUUGAGUUGUCUUCUAUUUUUAGGAAGUAUCAGAAUUGCGCUGAUAAGUAACAAAGUUGACUGCUUUGGUGUCCAAUCUCAGGUUUUAGAAUAUAUAUAGUGGUGUGAAAACCCCACUGUUAACUCUUAAAACAAUUUUAAUUUAAUACACCCUAAGAGUCCCACGCACGAGGCCUGCUCAGAGAGUAAGACCUCACCCGUUUCGCUCCUUUUCCACUUUGUACUUCACUUGAGAAAGUGUCGAUGAUUUACAUUGUAUAUUUCCAUUGGAACCCCGACAUAUUUCUCAAAGCUAAAGCACUUUUUGAUAAUGAGAUACAUGGGAUCUUUGUGUGAUGUGGGUCACGGUUUCUCAGGCUCCCUUAGAUAAUCUGCUUAUGAAUAUUGUUCUGUGUAAGAAGAGUGAAAAUCUUAGCUGAUGUUAGAAAGUUUGUAUUCUUGAUCCAGAAUGCGUUUUGCUAGUUUGCUAGCUUCCAAUGCGCGGGAGAGUAGACAAUGCUGCGUUCACGAGGUAAUACGUUACUUUCCCUUAAGCCUUAAGGUAACUUUUUGUUUUUUUUCCUGUCAACAACAGCACUGAAGUUCUAGUAAGUGAAUGAGAUGAUCAGUUUCCAGGGUUGCUUUUAGAGUACUGUAAAUCAGCUAGUUAUCUUCCUAAACAGUUACCAUCCCCCUUCAGUAAACUGGAUGGUGGGCGUGUGGGUGGGCUAGGGAGAUCGUUUGUAGAAAAAAGAAAAGAAAAAAAGAACCAUGUUUACCUUAAGAAAAAUACAGACACAAAGUUAAAAUCGUGCAUGUCAGGGCCCUGUGUGAAAUUCCAGACAUGCGUCAUGUCCCCGGUUGUUAAUCCAGAAAAGCAAACUCCUUGAUUUUCAAGUCUGUGCCCAGAAGUUUCCAGAACUCAAGCUCGGGAACGGGGAACGGUGGGCUCCCUUCCUGUAUCUCAGUUCACUCAAGUCACUGUUCCCAGCUCUUGGGCUUAAAACGAUUUCAUUACUGUUAUUUUGCUAACUGUGGUCCAGUUGUCAGUAUGGAAAUUGGACUUGGGGAAAACAAAAAAAACAAUCCACUUGUACCGUGAAGACUUACUACUCUGGAGGUUUCCAGUUAACACUUGUUUCUCUGAUCCAAGUAAGACUUUUAUGAAUGUAUUCUGUAUUUCCUGAUGAAACAGGGAAUGUGCCAUCAGUGUGAUCACCCUUGCUCAACCCCCAUCUCUUAGGUUUCAUUUGAAAAUCUGCCUCCUCCUUCCUCAGAUUAGACAUUCCGACUGGGACUGGGAAAGCUGGGUUCAGACGGCAGCAGACACCAUAUUGGUAGUUUCACUGCUCGGUGGGGCUUCUGAUAACAGGAGGGCAGAGCUUUAUUUGAAGCAAAAAAAAAAAUUUUUUUUCUCCCCCCCCCCCCGAGGUGAUUCUGACAAAUGGUUUUUUGAAACGGUCUGACUGUACUUGUGAUUAGCAUGAAGGUUUGAGUCUAGGAGCAGAUGUCAUUCCCUACAUGUAACAUGUCCGCUGAUGUGGAUGAGGGGGAGGGUUGGUUCUGUGUUUAGGGGUGAUGAAUUGUGGGGCCACCGUAUCCCGAGAGAGUGGUAGAUCUAUCCGUGCUCCUUGUGCAUAAGUAUACUGUAGGCGACACGAGCCUGUCUUUUUUUUCCUGCCUUCAGUAACUUCAACAGCUAACUCAAGAAAAGUGAGUUAGACUAGACCUCUCCUAUAGGCAGCUGUCCAUCCCCAGCCUCACAGUGUGUUGUAACAUCAGGCGAGGUCAAGAGAACUCUGUUUGGAAACAGAAUGGCAAGUAGUGGACAUAACAGCAGCAGGGAGGGUCCCAAGAGAAUUGAAAAAGAGGACUGUAUCAUUAAGCACACUUGUGUUGUAGGGAUUGGUUACAAUUUCAUUGUAAACAGCUCAGAUGUGGGGCACGCACCCUUUCCUCCCAGCCCACCUGUCUUCACAUCCCAAAACUCUCUGGAUUUCUAGAAAUUAAUAGGUGCAGCAAAAGUCCAAAAACUGAAGUUAAGUCAGUACAGAGCUUACUUGUAGAGUCUGUAUUUUACACGUUGUGGUCGCAGGUGAGUCUAUUUGGUUGUUUUUCAGUGAUUAUCAAUAUUUGAAUAAUAACUAAGAAUAUCGGUGCAUUUGAACAGUUAGUGGGGAUUUACUCUUCCUUUUGCUCCUUCAUGCAAGUGUUUUUCUAGGAUCACUUCUAUAAGUCCAUUUGUCUUCUGAUAGGUCUCCAGGUAACACACUGUCCGUUCUGUAGGCACCUUCACUGCCAGUCAUGAUCACCAGGGGCUUCCUUAGACCCGAGUCUCCACUCCAAAGUUGGGACUGAUGUCCUACCGGUAGAGAAUCUGCAGAAGUUGUUGAAAUGAGUUAAAACCAAAUCUUGACAGCAAGAGACGGAGCUUCCCUGAUCUAGACGGACAUCUAGGUAUUUUAUUGGGGGGAUGGCUCCGGUCUCUGAGUAAAUACCCACAUGCUUGUGCGUUGUGCACCAAGUGUGUGUUCCUGUGUAUGGAUUUGUAGAACUGAUUUCUGCUUCAAGAGAAGCCGCACCUUUAAUUUUAUAAGGUCCCCUCCACCUGUAACCCUAUAAAUAUUUGUAAAUAGAACACUAAAAUCUGUAGCGUUAGGAUCAAUUUGGGAAUAUCUGCUGAGAGACCAAAAAGUUCAUUUUUUUAAGUACCUUGGUUAAAGAGUAAAGAUUAUUCCUCUUAUUUUUCAAAAGAAGAAUGCACUUUAACAAACAGCUGCACGGGCGAUUCUGACAAACCCGUGGAGCGCAGUGCGGUUCAGAAAUCACACUUCCUGGAAACCGUUCAAAAGCAGAGAGUAGACGGGCUGCUGAGCUCACUGCCUGGAGACGGGCGACUCCGGUGCCAGUCGGUCUCCAGACAAGCAGGGCUGCUACAAAGGCGCAGCGAGAGCACAGCCAGAAGCUUCCGGCAGGCCUGUGACAGGCGGGUCCCGUAUUUACCACUAACUAGCAAAACUGACAGAAAAGCAGAGAGGAAAAAAAAGUGUAAGAAUCCUUACUGCUGGUGUGCACUCCUUACAAUAGCGGAUUUUGCAAAUGGAGUUUUACAGUCUAUAUUUAAAAAUUGUAUGUUUGUAACAAAUAAAGUAUGCAGAAAAGUGAA